AUGUUAACAAUUUUUCACUCUUUAACUUUGUCAAGCCUCGACCAGUUGGAAACAAAUGCUCUCUCCGCCUUCCAGCUUGCUUGUCUCCACGGCCAUUUGGAUAGUGUCCGUCUACUUGUUGAACACCGAGUGCUGGCAAAAUCCACUUUGGACCCUGCUGACCGGCCUGAAGUAUCAUGUUGCGCUACCACAACUGAUGGCGAUAAUGAGUAUAGUGAUGAUGAAUAUGAAUAUAGUCCUUCCCUUGAGAGCAGAUUUAGUCGGUCUUCUACCGAUGUCCUCUCUGACAUUGGGCCGUCCCUUGUUGAAUAUCCUGGACUCCGGGUCUCUCGAAGCAUAUCUCGGUUGCGAAAUCAAGACCGAGGCGUCAGGUCUGUCUCACCGCAGGGGUUCACUGAAUUGACUGAAGAGAGCAGUUAUGAAGAGGUAGAGAUAGAAGAGUUAGAGAAAGAGGGGAUCGACGAGGAGCGAGCGCUAUCGGAAGAUAAGGGAUCUGAGGCAGAAUGUUACAGAGCCCUGAUAUCUACGAAAGACGAUGAGGCAGUAGGCAGGCCUGUGGGGGAGGCGAGUGAAUCACCAGGAGAUAGCCGAGCUGCUCUGGGCUUGAAAUCAAAGUCUUCAGAAUGGAUCAGGAUCGUGAAAGUGAAGUCCGGUCAGCAAAGAGACAGGGGCCCUGAUAGAGUUCGUCGUAACUACGUUGCUCGUUGGAUUCGCCGCGUCUUUCAAUCCAACCGAUCAGCUCGACCUGCUUGUGCAAUUGACACUUCGCGUCGUCUUGCGGCUCGCUGGGUAUCCCGACGCAAUUGGAUUAGAGUGCCAGUUACUUCUGCAAAUCUCACUGAAGGCAGCUCCGGAUCCGAAUUUGUCACUAAUGGCACCACCCCCUCUACCUCUUUGUCUUUUCAGUCGUUUGACACAAUCUCACUGGCCUCUAUUUCAACAGUUGCCUCACUCGAGUCUGUGUGCCAGGCCGGCUCUAGCCUGCCUAGCGGUUCUCUAGAGGCUCCGGUAUUUCCGCUGCGCUGCGUUAAUGAGAACUUCUUGAUUGUCCACCCAGGCCGUCAUAAGCCCACCUCAAUGUCUUCCAUUUGCUCCACUCUAUGCGGCCAGUUCACCGUCCUACAUCUUGCUAUAAUUUCCGGAGAGGUCCAGCUAGUCUCUUACCUGCUUAAAUACCUCAGCGCCGAUGUCAACACGCCAGCGACUCCAUGUGCUCAUGGAAGUCACGUUUCGGAUGUCGUGCAGACUGCCGACUUCUGGAAGCCCGAAGAUUCCGAAGCAGCUACUGAGCUGAAUGCUUGCCUGGAUAACAGGGAGGUCGAGCUAGCCUUAGCCACACCGAUGGGAAUCGCCCUUCUUUUGGCACUCCAAAAUGAGCUGGUAAACUUCUUGUAUUUCUGA